AUGCAUUUUGUCAAUAGACAGCUAGAAGUACAGACCUCAAUUCAACAAAUUUUACAUGAAGAAUUAGGAGUAAGAAAAUUAGUGUCUCGUUGGAUACCCCACCUGUUGACUGAAGAGCACAAAGCAGCCAGGGUUAAUUGGUGUCAAAAAACGCUUGACCGUUUCAAUAUCGGAAACUCAAAAAAUGUGUACAGCAUUGUUAGUGGUGACGAAUUGUGGAUUUACUGUUAUAAACCAGAAAAUAAACCACCUGUUUCGAAAAAGAUGGUCGCGACAUUUGUGUCAAAAGCGGGUCAUAUUGCAACAAUUCCUCUUAAUGAGCAAAUAACUGUUACUGCGGAUUGGUAUACCACCAUUUGUUUGCCAAAAGUUAUCACCGAGCUUCGAAAAAUCAACCCCGAAAGAAGAAUCAUCCUCCACCAAGGCAAUGCAAGCUCGCACACAGCCCAAAAAACAAGGCAUUUCCCGAAAAUUAAAAACAGACUGCGUGGUCAAAGGUUCCAGUCACCAGAAGAAGCAGUUGACGCAUUCAAAAAUGCCAAUAAGUGCUUCGAAAAUUGGUUCGAGCGCAUGAUGUGGUGCAGACAACGGUCAUUCUGGGAUCAGGAAUGGAACAGUAUUGUCUUUAGUGACGAGCCUCGGUUUUGUUUAGGCAUGCACGAUGGACGUGCCAGGGUUAGAAGGCGACGUGGUGAAAGGAGGAAUCCACAGUUUUUUGUUGAAAGACAUGUUCAUCACACUGUUGGAGUUAUGGUUUGGGGUGCUAUAGCUUAUGGUUCCAGGUCACCUUUAAUCUUCAUCAGAGGUAACAUGAACGCGCAGCGUUAUAUCCACGAAGUUCUAGAACCCCAUCUUUUACCCUAUCUUGACACCCUGGCAGAUCCAACUUUCCAACAAGAUAAUGCCCGACCACAUGUUGCAAGAGUCACAAUAGACUUCUUUCAACAUAAUGAUGUCACAUUGUUACCAUGGCCACCAAGAUCUCCCGACUUAUCCCCAAUUGAGCACGUGUGGGAUAUGAUGGGUAGGAGAUUGCUCAAUUUGCAAUGUCCUCCUCAGACUCUAGAAGCUCUUCGAGAGGAGUUGGUGGUUGCCUGGAAUGAGAUACCACAGGAGGACAUUGACCACCUGAUCAGAAGCAUGCCUAGGCGCGUUGGAGAAUGCGUAGCACAUCAGGGUGCAUCCACACAUUAUUAA